GGAAGUGAGAUGAUUUUUAGAAGCCUUAGUGGUCCUCCUCUUUAGCAGAACAUUUCUAAAGAAAAAUACAAGAAGAUUUAGAAAUCAUUAGAACUUUGGACUGGACAAACUCAGAAUGGUCCCACAUGGAAACUCUGGAUCUGCUGACUGUAGAAGAUGUUUCACCCUCUUGAGUCCCUCCACUGUGGCUGUGGUCUCAGUCCUUGGUGCCUGUUUGAUCACCAGUUCUCUCGGGGGAGAAGAGAAGGAGCUGAGGCUCAAGGAUGGUGAAGACAAGUGCACCGGGAGAGUGGAGGUGAAAGUCCAGGAGGAAUGGGGAACAGUGUGCAAUAAUGGCUGGGGCAUGGAUGAGGUCUCUGUGAUUUGCAGGCAGCUGGGAUGUCCCACUGCUGUCAAAGCCACCGGAUGGACUAAUUCCUGGGCGGGCUCUGGACACAUCUGGAUGGAUCAUGUCUCUUGUCGAGGGAAUGAGUCUGCUCUCUGGGACUGCAAACAUGAUGGAUGGGGAAAGCAUAACUGCACUCAUCAGCAGGAUGUUGUAAUAACCUGCUCAGAUGGAUCCAAUUUGAAGAUGAGGCUGGUGAAUGGAGGAAACCAGUGUUCUGGAAGAAUAGAGGUCAAGUUCGAAGGACAGUGGGGAACAGUGUGUGAUGAUAACUUCAACAUAGAUCAUGCGUCUGUGGUUUGUAAACAGCUCGAAUGUGGAAGUGCUGUCAGUUUCUCUGGUUCAGCUAAUUUUGGAGAAGGUUCUGGACCAAUCUGGUUUGAUGAUCUUAUAUGCAGUGGAAAUGAGUCAGCUCUCUGGAACUGCAAACACGAAGGAUGGGGAAAGCAUAACUGUGAUCACUCUGAGGACGUUGGAGUGAUUUGCAUGGAUGGAGCAGAUCUCAGCUUGAGACUAGUAGAUGGAGUCACUGAAUGUUCAGGAAGAUUAGAAGUAAAAUUCCAAGGGGAAUGGGGGACAGUGUGUGAUGAUGGCUGGGAUAGUCAUGAUGCCGCUGUCGUAUGUAAGCAACUGGGAUGCCCAACUGCCAUCACCGCCACUGGUCGAGUUAACACCAGUGAGGGAACGGGACACAUUUGGCUUGACAGUGUUUCCUGCCACGGACACGAAUCUGCUCUCUGGCAGUGUAGACACCAUGAAUGGGGAAAACAUUAUUGCAAUCAUAAUGAAGAUGCUGGUGUGACAUGUUCUGAUGGAUCCGAUCUGGAGCUGAGACUUGUUGGUGGAGGCAGCCGCUGUGCCGGGACAGUGGAGGUGGAAAUUCAGAAGCUGCUAGGGAAAGUAUGUGACAGAGGCUGGGGACUGAAAGAAGCCGAUGUGGUUUGCAGGCAUUUGGGAUGUGGAUCUGCUCUCAAAACGUCCUAUCAGAGUUAUUCCAAAGUUAAGGCAACAGAUACAUGGCUAUUUUUAAGCAGCUGUGUUGGAAAUGAAUCGUCUCUUUGGGACUGCCAGAACUGGCAGUGGGGCGGCCUUAGCUGUGAUCACUAUGAAGAAGCUAAAGUUACCUGCUCAGCCCACAGGGAACCCAGACUGGUUGGAGGAGAAGUUCCCUGCUCUGGGCGUGUGGAAGUGAAACAUGGUGACAGGUGGGGCACCGUCUGUGACUCUGACUUCUCUCUGGAAGCUGCCAGUGUGCUGUGCAGAGAGUUACAGUGCGGCACAGUCAUCUCCAUCCUAGGGGGAGCUCAUUUUGGAGAAGGAAAUGGACAGAUCUGGGCUGAAGAAUUCCAGUGUGAGGGCCAGGAGUCCCACCUUUCGCUCUGCUCAGUAGCCUCCCGGCCCGAUGUGACUUGUCGCCACAGCAGGGAUGUUGGAGUCGUCUGCUCAAGAUACACAGAAGUCCGCUUGGUGAAUGGCAAGUCCCAAUGUGAGGGAAGAGUGGAACUCAAGAUACUUGGAAACUGGGGAUCCCUCUGCAACUCUCACUGGGACAUGGAAGAUGCCCAUGUUUUGUGCCAGCAGCUCAAAUGUGGAGUUGCCCUUUCUACCCCAGGAGGAGCGCAUUUUGGGAAAGGAAGUGGUCAGAUCUGGAGGCACAUGUUUCACUGCACGGGGACUGAGUGGCACAUGGGAGAUUGUCCUGUCACUGCUCUGGGUGCGUCGCUGUGCUCCGUUGGGCAAGUGGCCUCUGUAAUCUGCUCAGGAAAUCAGAGUCAGACCCUAUCCCUGUGCAAUUCCUCAUCUCCGGACACAACGAGAUCUACCACUCCAGAAGAAAGUGGUGUCACUUGCAUAGGGAGUGGUCAACUUCGCCUGGUAAACGGAGGCGGUCGCUGUGCUGGAAGAAUAGAGGUCUACCACAAGGGCUCCUGGGGCACCAUCUGUGAUGACAGCUGGGACCUGAGUGAUGCCCACGUGGUGUGCAGACAGCUGGGCUGUGGAAUGGCCAUUAAUGCCACUGGCUCUGCCCAUUUUGGGGAAGGAGCAGGGCCCAUCUGGCUGGAUGAGAUGAACUGCAACGGAAAAGAAUCUCACAUUUGGCAAUGCCGAUCACAUGGCUGGGGACGGCACAACUGCAGGCAUAAGGAGGAUGCAGGAGUCAUCUGCUUGGAGUUCAUGUCUCUGAGACUGAUCGAUGAAACCAACAGACACAGCUGUGCAGGGCGUCUGGAAGUUUUUUACAAUGGAGCUUGGGGCAGCGUUGGCAAGAGCGGGAUGUCUGCAACCACCGUGGAGGUGGUAUGCAGGCAGCUGGGCUGCGCGGACAGAGGAGACAUCAUUCCCGCAUCUUUAGACAAGCCAACAUCCAGGCACAUGUGGGUGGACAAUGUCCAAUGUCCGAAAGGACCAGACACGCUAUGGCAGUGCCCAUCUGCUCCAUGGAAACAGAGAGUGGCCAGACCUUCAGAGGAGACCUGGAUCACAUGUGCCGACAAGAUAAGACUUCAAGAAGGAAACUCUAAUUGUUCUGGACGUGUGGAGCUCUGGCACGGAGGUUCCUGGGGAACAGUGUGUGACGACUCCUGGGACCUUGAAGAUGCGCAGGUGGUGUGUCGACAGCUGGGCUGUGGCCCAGCCUUAGAGGCACUAAAAGAGGCAGCGUUCGGUCAGGGGACUGGGCCCAUCUGGCUCAAUGAAGUGGCAUGCAAAGGAAAUGAGUCUUCCUUGUGGGAUUGUCCUGCUAGACCCUGGGGACACAGUGACUGUGGGCACAAGGAAGAUGCUGCUGUGAGAUGCUCAGGUGAGUGCCAGGAGUCUGGAGUAAGCUUGGAAUCUCGGGCAGCAACAAGGGAGUGGGCAUUAAGUCGCUCAUCCCUUGUUGCGUUGGGGAUCCUUGGCGUCAUUGUGUUGGCCUUUCUCGUUGCUCUCCUCUUGUGGAUUCAGAGGCGAAGACAGCAACAGCUGCUUACAGUUUCCUUGAGAGGAGAGAAUUCGGUUCACCAAGUUCAAUACCGGGAGAUGAAUUCUUGCCUGAAAGCAGAUGAUCUGGACGUGCUGACUUCCUCAGAAAAUCCCAAUGAUUCAGAUGAUUUUAAUGAUGCUGAGCUAAUUUCUGUGUCUAAAUCUCUUCCUGUUUCCAGAUGA